AUGGUGUCCGCGCUCGAGAAAGAGCGCUACGGCGAUAAUAGCAGCAAUGAUGAGAAGAUCGCGGAUGAGGGACAGGAGCGCGAGUAUGCGCCUGUGCUGGAAGGCGUCCCGGAUCCUGAUGCGGGUUUGAGUGAGGAGGAGAGGGCUGCUCACGACCGCAAGCUGCUCUGGAAACUCGACCUCAAACUCAUCCCAUGGCUCUCGUUCUUGUAUCUGAUUUCCUUCUUGGAUCGGACGAAUAUUGGAAAUGCAAAGAUCGAUGGCCUACAACAAGAUCUCGGCAUGACCAAUGGCCAAUACAACGCCACACUCACCAUCUUCUUCAUUUCCUACUCACUCUUCGAGCCCUUGACCAACGUCCUGCUCAAGAAGCUGCGUCCAAGUGUCUUCCUCCCAAUCAUCAUGUUGUGGUGGGGAAUCUGCAUGACUACCAUGGGACUCGUGCAUAACUUCUCAGGACUCAUGUGCGCUCGAUGGUGGCUCGGUGUCGCAGAAGCCGGUCUCUUCCCCGGCGUCAACUACUAUCUCUCUUGCUGGUAUAAACGUUCCGAGUUCGGCAUCCGCGCUGCAAUCUUCUUCUCUGCUGCCGCGCUCGCCGGCUCCUUCGGUGGCCUACUUGCUGCUGCAAUCGCGCAGAUGGAUGGUAUCGGCGGAAAGCCUGGUUGGGCAUGGAUCUUCAUCCUCGAGGGCCUCGCUACAAUUCUCGUAGGCAUUGUCUCUUACUGGAUGGUGCACGACUUCCCCGAUGAGGCUAGAUUCCUCACCCCCGACGACCGCGCCCGCGUAAUCCGCCGCCUGAAAGCCGACAAGCAAUCCUCCGCCGAGCACGAAUCCUUCAAAAUGACAUAUUUCUGGAACUCAGUCUUCGACUGGAAGACCUGGGUCUUCGCCGUCAUCUACAUGGGCUGCGACGGCUCGCUCUACGCCUUCUCCCUCUUCCUCCCCACCAUCAUCAACCAGCUCGGCUAUGCUUCUACGACCGCGAACUUGCUCAGCGUGCCGCCGUAUGCCGCUGCCGCUAUCGCCACGGUGCUGAUCGGCUGGCUUGCGGACCGCACGCGGCAACGAGGCCUGUGUAACAUUGUGAUCUCGCUGUCGGGCAUCGUGGGAUUCGCAAUGCUGCUCGGUUCCGGCAAGCCUGGCGUGCAGUACGCAGGAACCUUCCUCGGCGCCAUCGGCAUAUAUCCCUGCAUCGCCAACACCAUCUCCUGGGCGAGCAACAACGUCGAGGGCGUGUACAAGCGCGGCGUAACGCUCGGCUUCGUGAUCGGCUGGGGGAACCUCAACGGCGUCGUUUCGUCGAACAUCUAUCGCGGCCAGGAUAAACCGCGGUUCCUGCUCGGGCACGGCGUCGUGCUGGCGUAUCUUGUACUGUUUUUGUUUGGCGGGAGCGUGAUGACGCGGUUUUUGUUGCAGUGGGAGAAUCGGAAGAGGAAGAGGGGUGAUCGUGAUGCUUGGAUUGAAGGGAAGAGUGAGCAGGAAAUUGAAAUGCUCGGGGAUAAGAGGCCAGAUUUUAUAUAUACGCUUUAAGUUCGGGGCAAGGCGGGAGGGAUAGCUUAGUUCAGU